AUGUCUGUCAAGUCCUUGUAUCAAUGGCUAGCGUUAAAAACGGAUGUCCAUGAUUUAAAGAAGUCAUCAUGGCAAAACAGUGUUAGGCACGCCUUGAGUUCAGAUGAUGGGUUUUGGAAUGACAAGGAAGAGAAGGUGUGGCGCGUCGACCCAAGCAGAACCGCAACACUGCACUAUAGUGAAAAUUGGCAGUACUUCCUUAAGGCUUUUCCCGGCUUUAUGGACGAUACAACCUUGUCUGUAUACCCGGCACUGUUAGAACAGCCAUCACCAUCCCACAAUGCCAGAUUUUAUCCCUUCGAAAAGGAUGUUUUUGGGGGAAACCUAGACGACGCCACUUAUAGAAACGUCUUGAAUGAGCUCAACACGAUCGAUCAAGACACUGAUGGACCUAUGAGCCUAAUUACGCAGAGCCACAAUUACCUAUUCUGA